UCAGAUCACAUGCAAUUGUUGGCCGAGGCGAAGCCUUCGGUUUUUAAAUGUAGUGAAACAUAAACUUACAAUUAACCUUCUCCAUAAGACAAUUUAUUGAGAAAAAUAUAGAUAGCCCGAACUGGGAAUCGAACUCAGAGCAUGUCGGUAUCACGCCGAGUGCUCUACCAGUUAAGCUAUCCGGUACUAUACUAUAUUCCGUUCAAUUUGAUCUAUAACGUAUUGAGCCACACCGUCCAUCGUAUGGUAAUACACAAAUUUUUAAAUGUAGUGAAACCUAAACUUACAAUUAACCUUCAAGAAAAAUGUUCUCGAAUUAAAAAAACACAAUUGCUCAGCACAAGAACAAAAAAAUGAAGACAAAAAUUAUCUUGGGCCAAGUAAACCUGUUCUUCUGUGUAUCUAAUAUAAUACAAAAUCAUGGAAAACGUUUUCCUCAAAUUUCAAAACAAAAAUUCCAUAUGCUUGGUGUGCCUACGAUAAGAAAAAAAAUCUGUCUAUCGGUUGACCCUGCGGGCCAGCCCCAAAACUUCCCGCUGUUUUCGAGCUCGUAUGAGUCGUUUCUGAGAAAUCAAUAAAAAAAUUUUUAAAAAAAUUUUUUUUUCCGUAAUUCGCCAAUAUUUUCGAGUCUACUUGAUCAAAUAAUCUGAAAUUUUCAGAAAAGUUGAUGGCCAACAAGCUCUUUCGAUUGCCGCUUUAAUCAUCCAAAUCAAUUCAUUAGUUAAAAAGUUAUAGACCGGUCACACACAUACAUGCACACAGACACUCGGACAUCAUUCUGAAAAUAGUCGGAAUAGCUUCCUAGGACCUCAAAACGUCGACAUCUGAUGAAAUUUCGAUUUUUGCAAAUCGGGGUGAAAACAAUAACUUCCCAAUUUUUCGAAAAUCGUAUAUUUUCUUAGCGGGAAGUUAAAAAUCAGUCUAUCAGUUGACCUUGCUCAGUUGACCUGCACUCGCGUAUUUUUCCGAGUCUUAUAAUAAUACAAUUAUUAUUUGUCCUAUUCAUGUUUUCAAAAAUUACGAAGAAGAAAGACUUUAAUUAUCUAUCUUUCAAAAAAUUAAGCCUUUAUUAAAAUUGGUAAAAUUAUGGUAAAACACAAAGUUAAUAAAGAAAAAUUCAAUUUAUUUUAUGAGCAUUAACGUUCUUUUCACGUUUUUAAUUCAUCGUUCACUUACAUGAGAGCGCAUUGAUAUAGUCGUCUCGACGAAAGCUGGGGAUUUUUGUCCCACGACGGUUUCUUUCUCCAUCCUCUAAAUGUUGGUUUUGGUGGCUUUGGCACAUGCGCACAUUUAAUGGCGCAUGUGCUCAUUCUAAUAUUAUGGUGGUGAGGGAAGAAACUGGUGGGAAAAAUAUUCCAAGCUAUCGUUGGUACGACUAUACUACGUAAGGAACAGUCUAUAGUAUAGACACGCGGCCAUUUUUAUCAUUUCUUCGUGAAACUUGUUAGCGUGCACAUCGUAGUGUUAACUAUUAACCUUAUAUAUUCGUUGAUAUUGUUUACAUAUUUAAUUUAAAGGAUCUCAGUUACUAUGGUUGACUCAGCGUAUUCAUUUGUUUCAGUACUCAUCGCUGAUGAAGAUAUUAAUACAUCAAAACCACCGCCAACUUCUGGGAAAUCCAUUAAACAGGAUUUUCCUGAAAUCUACAGGAAAUACGACCAGCCGAUGAAGCCAGCGGAAUUGAAAUGGAAAGAGGUAAAACAUCAUCCUGAACAGCAUGUUUACCAAAAAUAUAAUUUUAGUGUUUUAAAUAAAAGAGGGAAAAAACCGGUCACGAUCCGGAAAUUUCCAAACCAGAAUAGGAGUCAAUGGGUAGAGGAAUUAAAUUCUACCAGCGGCUCCAUUAAUAGCGUGAGGAAAAAUGAAGACGUGAAACAGGACCAAAAACGGAAAAGGUGCACAAGCCAAGAAGUCGAUGCUAAUUUAUCCCAGAAUUGAGAAAAAGAAGUGCGAAAUCAACACCACAGCAAGGGACUAAGAAAAAACGAUCAUUCUAACACAAUUAUAUCCAAUUUAAAAUCAAAAUGUAGCUGAAAAACAAAAAUAUCACAUUAAUAAGUUUUUUAUUGACUCUAUUGCAUUGAAAUAAAUUUUUGA